AUGAUAAAUACCUACCAUAGCAGCUUCAAUCCUCCACCGGUACCUCCACCGGUACCUCCACCAGUACCUCCACGUUUAUCUCCACGGGCAAGCUACAGAGGAGAAUCUGUGCUAGGAACAAACACGCCGCUAGUCAAGUUUUUGUCUUGGAUGGUGCUUCUGCUUAUGUUAUUAACAGUUGGAGGCUUCUUUUACCUGUUUGCUAACUUAAACAAGUCACCACAGAAAAUAGCUGAUUACUAUAAGAUAAGUCCAGAAAAGCUCUCCCAAAGCAGAGUGGAUGUCUGGCCUAAAACAGAAUCAUCUAAUACACCACUGGCAAGAAUGAUUCCACGGUCUUCUGCUGAGGAUGGGAAGACCUUGCUGUGGAACGAACAACACUCAUUGAUACACAACAUCAGCUUCAGCAGCAAAUCAGGAGAAUUAACCAUCGACAAACCUGGAUACUAUUUCAUCCACUCUCAGGUCACCUUUUCCCUAAGACACCCAAAGGAACCACUCAGGCAGAUUGUAUGGACCCGAAAAAGCAAAAAUGAGAACCCAAAAGAAAAGGAGCAGGAGGAAUUAAUGGCUUCCUACUGCAAUUUAUCUCAGUGUGAUGCAGUCUGUUUGUGCACGGCCUCUCAGGCUGGGGUCUUCAGACUAGAGCAAGGUCAGAAGAUCUCAGUCAGUGUAACUGAUAUAAAGUUGGUGAACCUUGGCAAAACGAUAUUUGGAUUGUUCAAACUACAGGACUAA